AUGUCUGACCCUCGCCGCUCCAUGCCCCUGACCUUCCUGCCCCUGGGGCCCGUCACCUCUGAGUCCUUCCCAAAGGCGCAGCAGCCCAAGCAGGACGGCGACGGGCACAAGAGGCGAAGCUCCUCGCUCAGCAGCGACGGCAAGGGCUCCGCCCCCGGCUACAGGGUCCUCAAGGUCGCCCCCGUCCACUACGGCGAGCAUGCGGGUGAUCACCAAGAUGACUGGCACAACGCCGCCGCCGUUAUCUCUCGGCGCUGCAUCCCGGACCAGGUGGUCGUCGUGCCUGGGGGCCUGCACAGCUUGCAAAAGCCCGCCGUCGAGCGCCCAGAUGCCAAGCCCCCGAAGCACUGA